AUGAUGUAUAAAAAUGAAGGUGGGAAGCUUAUUUACCAAUACACCAAGAAAAGGGCGAGAGGGCCAAAGGGCCCAGUAACUGGAAAGAGAAUUAAAGGAAUUCCUCACCUUAGACCUGUAGAGUAUAUGAGGUUAAGAUUAUCCAGGAACCGUAGAACUGUGAAUCGUGCUUAUAGUGGGGUGUUAUCUAGAAGUGCAGUGAGGAAAAGGUUAUUAAUUCACGAGAUUAUCCUGGCUUUUCUGGUAGAAGAGCAAAAGAUUGUAAAGAAAGUUCUCAAGAUUCAGAAGGCCAAAGAGAAACUGUCAUCAAAGGGCUAG